AUGGAGCCGGGAAGCAUAGCCGAGCGUUUCAGAGAUAGGAGCAUACUCAUCACCGGCUCUACUGGCUUUCUGGCAAAAAUGCUGGUGGAGAAGAUACUUCGAAUUCAGCCGGACGUGAGGAAGCUUUACCUGCUGGUGCGUGCUCCGGACGCCGCAGCCGCCAAGGAGCGUCUUCUCACUGAAGUUGUAGGAAAAGGACUAUUUGAUGUUCUGCGAGAACAACACGGUGCAUCUUUCCACUCUUUCAUCAAGGAAAAAGUAUGCCCUUUACCUGGAGACAUCACGCAUCAAAACUUUGGGCUUGGAAACUCUGAGAUCCUACGGUUAUCCCAGGAUGUCGACAUCAUCGUUAAUGGUGCUGCAACGACCAACUUUAUGGAGAGGAAGGUUAAUGAGACCUUAAACCUCUUGGAAAAUUUUCUUUAG